UUUCCAUGUGCCUGCAUAUAGGCAGGUGAGGUCCAUUGUCCAAUAUGCACAAGAACAUUUCCAGUGUCAGAUAUAGAACUACAUGCAAGCUUCUGCGGUGAAAGUAGUAUGGGAAAGGAUCUUUGCCAGCUUGACAGUCAAGAUAUGCUCCGAUCUGGAUCAUAUAUCAUGUGAGGAAGAUGUUCUUUAUUGGGUAAAAGAACAGAUAGACUGUAGCAAGACCUUCGACAUCUGUGUGGCCAGAGACGGUAUGUUUGAAAGAGGUCUUAAACUCUGGAAGCGUCGAAAGAAUGGCGGUCCAGUGAACCCUUUGAAAGUCUCCUUCCUGGGAGAACCAGGGGUUGACACUGGAGCACUAAAAAAAGAGUUCCUGUCCACGAUGGUUGCUGGGAUCGAGAAGCGACUAUUUGAAGGCGAAAGUGUGAAGGGCAAAGUACCAAAGUAUUCCCUCAACGAUUUGGACAAUGCACUGUUCAAAGAUGCGGGUGAAAUAUUCGGUGUGAGCAUUGCCCAAGGAGGACCAGCACCACGGUUUAUGCAGGAGUGGUGUUACCACUACCUCGUCACUGGGAACCUUAAAACUGAUGGUGUGCAUGACACAGAGUUGUCACCAUUAAUCAAAACGAUUGAAGAUGCAUCUGACCUGUCCCUCUACAUCGAAGAAAUCCUGGAUUGUGGCUACACUGGUCAAAUCAACAUUGACCAUAAGGAAAGCAUAUUAAGGUUUGUUAACUAGUAGGGAGUAAUAUUACAUUAUGGAUGAAUUAUGUACAGGUCAAUAGUAUUUUAAGCCAUGCAGUAAUGUUCAUUCAUUAAGCAGGAAAUUUGAAGCCGAUAAAGGUUUUGUGCUGCAAAAUCUUUGACGGCUUUGAAAGGGUUUUAUCAUUAUAUCAUACAAACAUCAGUGUUAUGGCUAAUUUUACAGUUGACAUCAUAAUUUUAAAUGGCUGUCAUAAAAUGUAUUAUAUUCCUUUUGAAAGGGCUAUCGUACUGCAUGUGACCACAAAACGCGCACCAAUGCUGCAACAAAUGCGUGAAGGCCUUAAGGUGUACAACGUGAUCAAGGUCAUGCAGAUAAAGCCGAAUGAGUGUCGCAAUCUCUUUAUCGUAAGGGAUGAUGA